AUGUUUUCGCCACCUGUUAAUAGUGGGAAAACAAGGCCAACCACUCUAGGAAGCAGCCAGUUCAGUGGAUCAGGUAUGGAAGAACGAACAGGUGCUGUACCUUGGGGAACAAGUGGUCAGUCAAGUCCCUCAUAUGAAUCUACACGGGAAAACGGCAGUCUCCUUGGGAAAAGCUCGGAUCUCUCAACAGCUCUUGAAAAGCUGAAACAUGAGGAGGGUUUUACAGACAGUCCUCAUUAUGGUGAUCACUUGAACGAUAGUCGAUUAGGACCCAAUGAAGGAUUGUCCCCGACACCUUUCAUGAACUCCAAUCCAAUGGGAAAAACAUCAGAACGCAGUCCAUUCCCGUUGUUUGGUCGAGACCCUGGACUCUCAGGCUGCCAGCCCAGCCUGCUCCGGUCAGAUAUCGGGCUUGGAAGUCCAGGUCCAGUGUCAUCGUCAGGAAAAGCUGGAACACCCUAUUACCCGUUUUCUUCCACAAACCCUCGGCGAAGACCGCCUCAUGAUUCGUCUUCUCUUGAUUCUGUGCAGACAAAGAAAGUAAGAAAAGUGCCCCCUGGCCUGCCUUCUUCUAGAGUGAUGCAGUUCGGUGGCCAGGCAGAAAGUUUGUUUCGAUCUUGGCUUGUUAAGGUCUAUGCGCCAUCUCCUAGUUCAGAUGACUUCAACAGAGAAUCUCCAAGUUACCCAUCUCCUAAACCUCCAAGCAGUAUGUUUGCUAGCACUUUCUUUUUGCAAGAUGGGACCCACAGUGCUUCUGAACUUUGGAGCCCUUCCAAUGGAAUGAGUCAGCCUGGCUAUGGUGGAUUGCUGGAAAGUUCCUCCCACAUCUCCCACUCGGGCAGUUUUGGCAGUCGGCACUCACACGAACGCUUGAGCUACCCCCCACAUUCCGUCUCGCCCACAGACAUCAGCACCAGCCUUCCCCCCAUGUCCAGCUUCCACCGGGGCAACGCCAGCAGUUCUUCCUAUGCGGCUGCCUCGCACACUCCACCCGUCAAUGGAUCAGAGAGCAACAACCUGCUGGUUAGCAGAGGCAGCGCUGCAGGAAGCUCUCAGACCGGGGAUGCCCUUGGGAAGGCCUUGGCCUCGAUAUAUUCCCCUGACCAUACCAGCAGUAGUUUUCCUUCAAAUCCUUCGACACCUGUUGGAUCACCCUCACCACUCACAGGUGCCAGUCAGUGGUCGAGGCCCGGAGGACAAGCCCCUUCAUCUCCAAACUAUGAAAAUUCCCUGCAUUCCUUGAAAAAUCGAGUUGAGCAGCAACUUCACGAGCAUUUGCAAGAUGCUAUGUCCUUCUUAAAGGAUGUCUGUGAGCAGUCGCGCAUGGAGGAUCGCUUGGACAGACUGGACGAUGCCAUCCAUGUGCUGAGGAACCACGCCGUGGGGCCUUCAACCAGCCUGGCCAGCGCCCAUGGGGAUAUUCAUAGUUUACUGGGACCAUCCCACAACGGGCCCGUUACCGGUUUGACCUCAACUUACGGUGGUGCCUCCAGCCUCGGAGCAGCGAGUCGGCAAGCCUCCAUGGUCAGCGCUCACCGGGAGGACAGUGUCGGCCUCAGCAGCAACCACACAGGAUUGCCCGCUGCUCUUUCCGGCCCAAACGCAGAACUCAACCACAAAACACCGGAAAGCUACAGAGUGCUCUCGGCCAGCUUGCCAACGCAGUCCGUGGCUUUGGGGCCCGCCGAGAUCAAGUCCGAGCACAAGGAGAAAGAUGAAAACACCCAUGAACCUGCUUCCUCGGACGACAUGAAAUCAGACGACGAAUCCUCCCAGAAGGAUAUCAAGAUUGCCUCAAGUGGAAGAACAAGCAGCACUAAUGAAGACGAGGAUUUGAAUCCAGAGCAGAAGUUGGAGAGGGAGAGAGAGAGACGGAUGGCCAACAAUGCUCGUGAGCGUUUGCGGGUCCGGGACAUUAACGAAGCAUUCAAAGAGCUGGGCCGGAUGUGUCAGCUUCACUUGAAGAGCGAAAAGCCUCAGACGAAGCUGCUGAUUCUUCACCAGGCUGUGGCCGUCAUCCUCAGUCUGGAGCAGCAAGUCAGAGAGAGAAACCUAAAUCCCAAAGCAGCCUGCCUUAAGAGAAGGGAAGAGGAAAAAGUGUCUGCCGUAUCGGCAGAGCCGCCAACCACACAUCCAGGAAGCCAUCCUGGGCUUAGCGAAACUACUAACCCUAUGGGCCAUAUGUGAACCCCAGCCAGAAUUCCAGAAUCGUGGGAGGAAACCCAGAAGGUGACCUUUUUCUUCACCAGGACACAGACUCCGCAGUUACGACUCGACGUGGACUCAUUGGACAGGGAAAGCCAGAAGCCCAAGCGCCGCCCGGCGUGCGAUCCCAGCUGGCCGCCAGCAGCCCCUGUGCCCACCCUGGCCCUGCCACCAGCCUCUUCUUCCACCCCGGAAGCGCUCUGCGUGUCUUCCCCUCUUCCUCCGCCUCCCGUUGCAAAGCACAGCAUGCCGCACCACCAGCGACGUGGGGGGGGUCUCUCCACUUGCAGGGGAAGUUGCCUUGUGCCUCAACUGAAAUGACAAACGCAUUGUAACGACGUGUGGCUAUUUAUUUGUCGUGGGACUAGAAAGGCCUACCUUUGAGGGGGAAAGUUCGGCCGGGGAAAAGCCGGGAGGAGCUCUGGUGGGGCGUCCUUCUGCGGCUCACCUUCAUGGCAGGUUUCUGAGAGCCUGGCGGCCACCACCAAGGCCCUUUAGUUUUCCCGCCAUACCUUUGAGUGUCUUAAAAGAAGGGGGGGCAAGAGGGGGGGUGUCUCUCAUUUCCCCCUUGCCUCUGGCCGCUUGGCAUCUGUUUUCCUUGGGAGUCCCGGCCAGUCCUCUCCCCCACAGAUCAGGUUCACAUGGAGAGGAUGAUGGGCAGAAGCCACGUUCUGGCCCUAGCUUUGCUUGGAUGGGAAAGAAGGCGGGGGGGGGCACUUUCUGAUCGCCUGGCAAGCCCUCUUGAGGCGCUUGGUGUUCCUUCUCCAGGGUAGAAUGGGGGACUCCCCCCCCCCUUGGAUGGGGAGAACCUCCAGAGAACAGCUUUAUUCUCUUCAGCAGAAGGCCCAUGGAAGCGCAAAGCGUGUUCAGUACAAACGAGAACUCCGAUGGGCAGGCAGGUCCCGUGUCUGCUGGGGCAGAUUUUGGGGGUGGGUUUGAUCUGGCUCCUGGAAGACAUACUAGGGCAGCUCUCACCGGCUUGUUCUUACAAGAGCUCAGCUUAAUGCCCAGUUUGCCUGGGCGGAGGGGGGGUGUCCGUGGGUGGUAUGCCGGCCACCUUCACCCCAGGCCUGGCAAGAGCAGCUUACUUCGGCUUGGUCCAAGUGUGGCAGAGCAUGACCUUCCCCUGAUUGUUCCUUUAAUGCUCCCCCUUUCCGGGGGGGGGGGUUAUCCCAAAUCCUUUGGACUUCCACGAACACUGUCUUCCACUGCCAGCACCCAGAGGUGGGGGAGGAGGAGGAGGAGGAAGAGGGCAACCAAGGCUGAAGCCUUCCUAGCCUUGCAGGGUCCUCUUUCUCCCACAGGCAGCCUGCUUGCCUUUCAUGGCAGGAACCGGCCAUUUUUACCCUUUGAAUAAUCCCACCACAGCUGAAAGAACGACAACGGUGUUGUUGCUGAUGCUGCAGCCGCAGGCAGAGGGAGGCCUUCGAGAGUCUGGCUCGGAGGAUUCCGAACAGCCACCCAUCCCACCUGACUCCCUCGUUUGCCAGCUGAUCGGCUCGACUUCGCACCUCUGCUCCGGAAACUCACCCCCACCCCCGUGGCCAGCCUUCCUUCCUUCUGCAUUUCAGUGUUUUUCAGCUCAAUCAACAUCUGCUGAUGAUGGUGACGACGACGAUGGCAAGGAAGGUGAUGACGUGUGAAAGGGUUCCCCCGCCAUCGCCUGGCCUUUUUCCUUCCACGCCGGCUGUGUCCUGGCUCUCUUGGGCUUUGCAGUAUGCCCAGAAGCUUCCCUUCAUAAAAUAGAAAGAAAACGAGAGAGAGAGAGAGAGAGAAAAAUUUAAAAACAUUUGGCUUAUUUUUCACUGUAGCUAGUCUUUUAUACAAUAAUCUUGUAAGAAAGUUUCUUGAAUUCUAAAUAUUACUCUUUCUAGAUUUUUGAAAUCAAUAAAAGGUUUUCAGUAAAAAUUUUCUUACUUUAUUUUACUAUAUUAGGUAGUAAAAAUGUAGGGUUAUUUACCAUAACCUCUUCAUUAAUAUCAGAGAUUUACAAUAGCAUUGUAAGAGCAUAGUAGGGUUCUAGCAUACUGUGUAGUACCUUAUGGAGUAUUGUAAGAGCUACUUUGUCCGAGAUGAAUUGUUUCUCAUCUUGUUAUCCAGUUCCCAUUGUUGGUUUAUUGCAACUUUGUACCCUGUGUCAGUUUUCAGGAAUGUUACUGAUGAAACAUUUUCCAACCAGCAGCAAGAGGUUCAACACUUUUUCUGUCAAUAUACCAGAAAACACUAUGUAUAUAACAUUUAUGUAGCAAUAAAUGUGCCAUCUUUUUUUAA